CCCGCGGCCGAACCCGAGCCUGCGCCCGCGGCGCGCGCGCCCGGGUCCUGUGGCCGCGCCCUGGCGGCGGCGCGCGCGCUGGCCUGGCGGCCGUCUUGGAGGCCCAUCUGGAGGCCGAGCUGGCCCGGCAGGCAUUGCGCGGGCAAUAUGGCGGCGCCCGGCGAGCGGGGGCGCUUCUACGGCGGGAACCUCUUCUCGUUUCUGCCCGGCGGCGCGCGCUCGGAGGUGAUGGACGACCUAGUGACGGACGCGCGCGGCCGGGGCGCGGGGCGGAGAGAUGCCGCUGCCUCGGCCCCGGCGCCGACCUCCGAUUCUCAGGUCGCCGAGGAGGACACGUCCCGGAGGCGGCCCUGCCGGGCCUGCGUGGACUUCAAGACGUGGAUGCGGACGCAGCAGAAGCGCGACAGCAAGUUUAGGGAAGAUUGCCCUCCCGAUCGCGAGGAACUGGGCCGCCACAGCUGGGCUGUCCUCCACACCCUGGCCGCCUACUACCCCGAUCUGCCGACCCCAGAACAGCAGCAAGACAUGGCUCAGUUCAUACAUUUAUUUUCCAAGUUUUACCCGUGUGAGGAGUGUGCCGAAGACAUAAGGAAGAGGAUAUGCAGGAACCAGCCAGACACGCGCACCCGGGCGUGCUUCACCCAGUGGCUGUGCCGCCUGCACAAUGAAGUGAACCGCAAGCUAGGCAAGCCGGACUUUGACUGCUCGCAAGUGGACGAGCGCUGGCGUGACGGCUGGAAGGAUGGGUCCUGCGACUAGACGGUGGCCGGCAGAGCCGUGGGACAGCAGCCUGGGCCUGCGGGCAGCCUGGCUAGAGAGGGGCGGGGCACUCAUUAAAGUGCAUCGGAGCCACA